GACAGGUUAGUAUCGAUCGAAUUGUCGCACACCUCAACGUGGUUAACUUUUUUUAUUAUAAAAUAACGGAUUGAGUGCGUUUAAUGUAACGGCUUUCGGCGACAAGUUCUUAAAGACUGAAAUUUUAGUGCAUUCGAUGGUUGAAAGUUCUGAAUGAGUGAAAACAUAUUUCUUUACGACCAGCUCAUUCAACGGCAUUUAAAUUCUAUUUUUUGUUUCUAGUAACGGACUGGCAUUAUCAUACGGUAAAAUUCACUUUCAGCAGUUGUAUAUAAAUAGUGAGCGAAUGUAGUUUGUCUCUCAUAGUCAACUGAAAUUCGAACGAGAUAUCAUCGCUUUUGUAAUUUUAUUUGGAAAAAUAUAAAGUUUAGAAUGAAGUGCAGUGGCCUCUUGACUACAAUUUUCAUUUCAGUGUGGACGGGCACUAGAGCAUCGCUGAUGAAAUGUGCCUGUGAACCCGGAGCGCCGGGACCUAUGGGGCCGCCUGGUCCCAGAGGAGAGCCUGGCUACGGUACGCCAUCAUAUUAUCCUCAUGCACGCGGUCCUCCGGGACCGCCAGGACCACCUGGCAUAUGCGGCUGUCCUUUUUUGCCACAAAAUUUCGGUGGAGGUUUCGGUUUUAUUGGAGCAGGUGGUGGGGGUGGCGGAGGCGGUGGCGGUGGUGGUGGUAAUGGUACCGGAGGAGGGGGAGGUGGAGGCGGUGGCGGAGGAGGAGGUGGUGGCGGUGGAGGAGCAUUUGGAGGCGGAGGCGGUAAAUAAUUAUUUUAGCGCUUACUAUUUUUUGAACAACAAACUUUGUAUUCCAACCAGGUGGUGGUGGCGGAGGUUUUCGCAUUUUUCAAGGCGAUUUACAAGAUUUGCAAGGAUUAAUGGCAGAAAAUCUGAUUUUGGUGACAACACCGAAUCCAAUCAAUCCCAAUAGACUGUCAAGCCUUUUAUCCACUACUUCUCGGCCAAUUUCGAACGUCGGGAAUAACGUUCAGUAUCCACCGAAUACAUUAAUAGUUGUUGGUGCGAAUGGUGAAUUUAUACCGGUGAAUAGUGUACGCGGCGGCAUAAAUGUUUCGCCAACGCCGAGCGCAGCUUCAUUUGCUACAUUUAAUACAGGCCUUCAAUCGCCUACUACGCAAUCUUUGUCAUUGGCUUCAAUGCCUUCUGGUGGUCUAUAUUCAACGGCUUCGCGUCCUU